AUGGAACAUAUGAUAAAGAAAGUGAAUGAUGGUGAUUCUUAUAAUAAAACAACGAUUAUAUCUAUCUAUGAUAAUGAUGAACAUGCUCUUAAUACUAUUCGAUGUAAUCAUAAUGAAACUUGUUGCUUAUUACAUUCUUCAUUGCCAAAAACGUCAACAACAAAAACAAUUACAACAAUAUUAAAAACAUCCGACAACAACGAAACGAAUAAUAAUAAUGAUAAUAUGAAAAAUGGAUAUCAUCAUUUAAUAAAUAAAGAGUCCAUAUUACAAUCGAAAGGAUAUUCAAAAUUUCUACGUAAAAAAUCAAAAACAUCAAAUAAUAAUCGUCAAUUAAAAGCCAUAUCGAGUAUAUACGUGUCGGAUAGAAUUAUAUCAAAUAAAAUAACUUCAGCAAGUAAUCAUCUUCAUCAUUUGUUUAAUCAUAAUAAAACUAUUAAUAAUAAUAACGAUAAACAAACGAUUUGUGUUCGUGAACAGUCACAACAGCAAGAGACUACACUUGUUCAACAUCCUCUAUUACCUCAAGUAUUGCAACAUCAUUUAGUUUUACCUACGAGAAAUGUUGCAAUGUUAUCACCAACGAUAAAAUCAAAUAUGACAUGGACAAAACGAUGGACGAAAUGGUUUUCAGCAUGUGGAACAGACAAAGAAAUUUCACCAUCAACUAAAGCUCCUAUUCCUACAGAAACAAAAGUAUCAACCGUGAUUGGAUUGGUAAGCAAAUUUUUGAAUAUUUUUUUUAAUAUAAAAAAAAUGUUAGAAAAAGAAAUUUAUUGCAUCUAUAUCGAUGAAACAAAUGUUUUAAAAAAGAAUUAUUGUACAUAUAUAUUGAAAAAUGUCGGUUAUCAACAGAUUAAAGUAGUAAAAAAAAUAUUGUCAACUGGAAAACAUAUACAGAGUUAUUAUUUGUCAUUUCAAUGGCAAUGGCAUAUAUUAUUGUUUUAUCUACUGAUAAGUCGUUUGUGUGUUGUUUACCUUAGAUUUACUGAUGACAAGCUUUAG